AUGUCAGCCAUAUACAAAGCAUUACAAUCUAAAACAACCAAAGAUCAACUGGAUAAAACAAAACAUAUAAACAAACAAAGACUUCUAGUAAUUUCAAGUAGAGGUAUAACAUAUAGACAUCGUCAUUUAAUAAGUGAUUUAUUAACACUUUUACCACAUUCAAGAAAAGAACCAAAAUUCGAUACAAAAAAAAAUUUAUAUCAAUUAAAUGAAGUAGCAGAAUUAUAUAAUUGUAAUAAUAUUUUUUAUUUUGAAUGUAGAAAACAUCAAGAUUUAUAUUUAUGGAUUUCAAAACCUCCAAAUGGUCCAACUUUAAAAUUUCAUAUACAAAAUUUACAUACUUUAGAUGAAUUAAAUUUUAUUGGGAAUUGCCUCAAGGGUUCAAGACCAAUUUUAAGUUUUGAUCAAUCUUUUGAAGAUAAUGAUCAUUUUAAAUUAUUAAAAGAAAUGUUUUUAACUACAUUUGGAGUCCCACCAAAUUCAAGAAAAUCAAAACCAUUUAUUGAUCAUGUAAUGACUUUUAGUAUAGUUGAUGGUAAAAUAUGGAUAAGAAAUUAUCAAAUUAAUGAAACUUUAGAAAUUAAAGAAGAUGAAAAUGAUCAAGAUAUAAAUAUUGAUAAUUUAAAUUUAGUUGAAAUUGGUCCAAGAUUAGUUUUAACUUUAAUAACUAUUUUAGAAGGCUCUUUUGGUGGUCCAAAAAUUUAUGAAAAUAAAGAAUAUGUUUCACCAAAUUUUAUAAGAGCUCAAAUUAAACAAAAAUCUGCUUUACAAGCUAAAUCAAGAGCUGAAGCUGCUUUAGAAAGAAAAAUUAAAAAAAGAAACCAAGUAUUGAAAAAAGAUCCAUUAUCUAAUGAUGCUUUAUUUAAAGAAUAG